AUGGCGGGCGAAGUCGCCGGAGUCGGGAACGACGUGAAGCGAUUCAAAGUUGGCGACCGCGUGUUAGCCUUCAGCAGGGCAGCCGAGAAGGAGAUCAACGACUCUGCCCAAGGAGCCUUUCAAGAGCAUACUGUCGCGUACAAAGACCUCACGUCACGAAUCCCGGCGGAUCUUGGGUUCGAGAAGGCCGCUACGCUCCCACUGGGCGUCGCGACCGCUCUGAGUCUAGCCGUUGCAGCUGGCUACGAGGUGUUCAGCACAGCGUCGCCCCGGAAGCACGAGCUCGCUCGCAAGCUGAUUGCCACCAAUGUCUGGGAUUAUAAGAGCAAGACAGCCGUCAGAGAUAAGAUUGCGGCUCCGAAGGGGGAGGCUCUUGCCGGCGCUGUGUCUAUUGGGGCCGGGGCUGCAGACAAAUGCAUCUCCAUCCUUCAGCAGUGUCGAUUGGUCUCCAUGAUUACCUUUCCUAUACCCCAUGAUGACCGGCAGAGCUUUCUCGUGCUGCGAACUGCAGUUCCUUUCCUAUACGCUAUAAUUUCAUUCAAGAUCCGCAGCAUGUUCCAGGGCUUAAAAUAUAAUCUUGUUGCGAUUGGCCUUACACUUGAGAACGGGGUUGCGCGGGAGGUAUUCACGGAUUUCUGGCCCAAGGCGCAGGAAGCUGACAAUUUUGUGACUUCCUUCAAGCCAGGGGUUGUUGGAAAUGGAGUGGAGUGUAUUCAGUCUGGGUUUGCGUUGCUGAGGAAGGGUAUGUCGGCUAAGAAGCUCGUUGUCGCACUUUGCAUGGAAGUAUGUCUAUUUGCUUAUAUACUGGUAUACCACUAA